AUGAUAGUGGUUCAGCUAAAUCUGAACCACUGCGCGGCAGCACACGAUUUGCUGUCGCAAUCGAUCCGAGAACGCGGUGUCGAUGUUGCCGCUAUCAGUGAGCCGUACAGGGUAGGCCCUGGCCCAUACUGGGCGGUGGACAGCUCUGGCAAAGCUGCUCUGUGGUCAUGCGGCAUUACACCCAAGAGAAUGGCUGACGUCCGCUCGGAGAGAGGCUUCGUGAGUGCCAAGAUGGCAGGCUGGUGGAUGUUCAGUGUCUAUCUGGCGCCGAGCAUGUCAUUCGAGGAUUUUGGGGACGCCGUGGAUCGGCUAGCCGCAGACGCAAGGUGCCACACUCCGUGCCUUAUAGCCGGAGACUUCAACGCCUGGGCGGUGGACUGGGGCAGCUCCCUCACCAAUGCCAGAGGCAGGACCCUCCUCGAACCGUUCUCCACGCUCGACGUCACACUCCUCAACACCGGGGCACAGCCCACCUUCAGCAGAGCCGGGGCGAGUUCGGUGGUCGACCUCACGUUUGUGAGCUGCUCCAGGGAUAGCCAGUGCACCUGGGUCCUGAGCGAUGUCUAUACGGGGAGCGACCACGCGGCGAUCAUCACCGCGUUGGAUAUAGAGCGAGCGCAACCCACACCGCUGCUUCCCCAAGAUCGUAGGGGAUACAAGGCCGAUACACUGGACAUCCAAUCCUUCGCAGAGCAUAUGCAGAGGUUGGAAGCAAAUGGCUCUGCAGAGCAGAUGGCGGAAUCUGCCAUGAUCCAACUGCAGACCGCAUGCGACGACUGCAUGUCUGCCAAGCGCGCCCACAGGGACUCUGUGAUCAUCGUUAAGAAGAUCCAUGGGGCAAAACAGGGCGCCCCGCAUGACGCGGAGAGCAUCGACAGGAUAGUCGAACACCUGUUCCCGAGGACGGAUAACCCUAGAGACACGCCGGAGACUGCGACGCACUCGCUGGAAGGGUUUGAGCCAGUCCUGGACACGGAAAUCCUGGCGGUGGCGAUGAGAAUCAGGGAGGCGAAAGCCCCGGGCCCUGACCUGGUUCCCAAAAGAGCCCUGAGACUUGCUCUCUCGCUUCGCCCGGACUUAUUCGCGGAGCUUUAUGCAAGACCAAUCUGCCUGAUUGAUGGGGCGGGUAAGGUUCUGGAGCAAUUGAUCCGGACGAGGCUCGAGAAGGCCAUUGCCACAGCCGGCGAUCUUUCCGACUCCCAGUUCGGUUUCAGGAAGGCUAAGUCGACGGUAGAUGCCAUCUCCAAAGUGGUGGGCAUCGCGAAAGCCGCCAUUGCGGGACAACGGUGGAAAGGAGGCGCGAAGGAGUACUGCCUGAUAGUCACGCUAGACGUCCGCAACGCCUUUAAUAGGGCGAGAUGGGAUUGUAUCCUAGACGCACUAUCCAGCUUCGGAGUACCCCCGUACCUCUUGGAGCUGUUGAAGAGUUACUUCAGAGGCAGGACUCUGGUGUACGACUCUGAUGGCGGUGCUAGAUCUGCCAAGCUUUCCUGCGGAGUGCCGCAAGGGUCGGUCCUGGCUCCGUUGCUGUGGAACGCUAUGUAUGACGGUGUUCUGCGGCUCCCGCUACCAGGUCGGACCGAGCUGGUGGGAUUCGCAGACGACAUAGCCGUAGUCGUAGUCGACAAGGAACUCGCAGGAGCAGAAGAGCUGUGCGACAGGAGCAUCAGCCGUAUAAACUUGUGGCUGUCCAGUGUUGGCCUACAACUAGCGCCGCAAAAAACGGAAGCCAUGCUGGUAAGCAGCCGGAAGAAGGUGGAGGUCGCAACCAUCCGAGUGUGCGGGGCUUCUAUCAGAUCGUCCAGAGCCAUUAAGUACAUGGGCGUGAUGAUCGACACGAGGCUUUCCUUCCGCGAGCACCUAGCGUAUGCUAGCACAAAGGCCACCACAGCGGUGAGAGCAGUCGGCAGACUAAUGCUGAACCACAGGGGCCCGAAGCAGGCGAGCAGGCUGCUACUGUCCAGCGUAGCUAGAGCCAGCAUGUUCUAUGCUUCACCAGUCUGGGGACAUGUACUGGCGACCCCGGUCUAUAGUCGCGGACUGUCAGCGUCCAAGGGAAGAUGGACGUAUCGGAUGAUUCCCCAGUUGGAGUGCUGGCUGAAGAGAAAGCCCGGUCAGAUAAACUUCCACCUGACCCAGAUCCUCAGCGGCCACGGCAGCUUUCGGAGCUACUUGCGGAGAUUCGGCCAAGAGGAAGACGACUCCUGCACGCACUGCCAAGGACAGCUGGAGGAGACGGCAGAGCACACGGUUUUUAACUGUGCGAGGUUUGCCGGUGAGCGAGCAUCGCUGGAGGCCAGACUGGGCAACACCAUCACAGCGGAAAACCUAGUUCCGCUGAUGUUGUUGUCCCAAGCGAAUUGGCACGUCGUGUCGGACUUCGCAGCGAAGGCUAUGACGGAGCUCUGA